UGUCCGCAGCGUGGGUGAGGACCCGCCGGCCCAUGCCUCACGGGAGUGUAGAGGGCAGCCUCAGAGGCGCUGGGGGCUCUGGGCGCCAUGGACGACGCUGCCGUCCUCAAGCGGCGAGGCUACAUCAUGGGGAUAAACCUGGGGGAGGGCUCAUACGCCAAAGUCAAAUCCGCGUACUCCGAGCGCCUGAAGUUCAACGUGGCGGUCAAGAUCAUUGACCGCAAGAAAGCCCCUCCGGACUUCCUGGAGAAAUUCCUUCCCCGGGAAAUAGAGAUUCUGAUUGUGCUAAACCACCACUCCAUCAUCAAGACCUACGAGAUCUUCGAGACCUCCGAGGGCAAGGUCUACAUCGUCAUGGAGCUCGGGGUCCAGGGCGACCUGCUCGAGUUCAUCAAAACCCACGGGGCCCUGCACGAGGACGACGCUCGCAAGAAGUUCCGCCAGCUCUCCCUGGCCGUCAAGUACUGCCACGACCUGGACAUCGUCCACCGGGACCUCAAGUGCGAGAACCUGCUCCUGGACAAGGACUUCAACAUCAAGCUGUCCGACUUCGGCUUCUCCAAGCGCUGCCUGCGGGACGACAGCGGCCGGCUGACCCUGAGCAAGACCUUCUGCGGGUCGGCGGCCUACGCGGCCCCCGAGGUGCUGCAGGGCAUCCCCUACCAGCCCAAGGUCUACGACAUCUGGAGCCUGGGAGUGAUCCUCUACAUCAUGGUGUGCGGCUCCAUGCCCUACGACGACUCCAACAUCAAGAAGAUGCUGCGCGUGCAGAAGGAGCACCGCGUCAACUUCCCGCGCUCCAAGCGCCUGACGGACGAGUGCAAGGACCUCAUCUACCGCAUGCUCCAGCCGGACGUCGCCCGGCGGCUGCGCAUCGACGAGGUCCUCGGCCACUGCUGGGUGCAGCCCGGGGCCCGGGGCCAGUCCUCCGCGGCCAUCAGCAAGGAGGCGGGGGGCUCCCGGGGCUCGGAGCCCUUGCAGACCCCCGAACCCGGCCCCGACAAGAAGUCGGCCACUAAGCUGGAGCCCCAGGAGGAGGCGCAGCCCGAGGUGAGGCCGGAGUCCAAGUCCAAGGAGGAGAUGCUCCCAGCGCAGGCGUCGAGGCCGCUGGAGGCCACCAGCGUCACCCUCGCAGGCCAGCAGCGGAGCAAGGAGACGGUGGAAGGGGGCUCCGGGCAGCCCCCCGACACGCACGCCGAGUGAGCCCCUCUCAGGGCCCAGGGGCGAGCAGGAGACGAGGCGGCGCUCAGGGCUCCGAGCCCGAGCUCCAGGAAGGCCCAGGGACGCGGCGGCGAAGGCAGGCAGUCCCGGACGAGCCACUAUUUUUGUCAGUCCCUCUUCCCUCCCUUAGAGCGCGGCUAAAGCAGCAAUAAAUCACUAUAUUAGUGCA